AUGACCACCUUCAUCCUCAAGAACAACAGCACCACAACAUACAACAAGCACUUGACGCCAACGUUCGACAUGUCUGACCGCAACACCGCUAAAGACCACAAGAUGGCCACGCAUAAAACCAAAGCCGAACAGAAGCGCGACAUCGACACCGCCGAAAACAUCACCCAAGCUCGCUUGCUUGCUCAAUUACAUUCGCACAACAACGAUCCCGAAACGAACAGUCGCCAUCAAAACAAUGGAGGAGGUGCAAAUGUCUCUACAAGAUCAACAAUAAGAGCGUCGGCUUCGGGAGCGACCGCGCCACAGUCCGGAACCAAGAGACGAGGGCAUUCCACUGCACGAGGAGGGAACCAGGUAUCGAAUCAAGCCGGUAAGAAAAAGGGGUCCGGUGCGAAGACCAAGAACCCGCAAAAGCCAACAACAGAGCCGAGUGACUCUGCAACUGGUGAGGAAGAUGGAGAAUCUGAGCAGGGUGGUAGUGGAGAGGAGGCAAAAGAUGAUAGCGACGGACACGAAGACGAAGUUGAGAUGACGGAGGAUCAGAAUCUGUUGGAUGAGACAGAUCAGAUUCGAGAGGCAGCAGGCGAUGGUGCUGGAAGCGGAGAGGAAAGCCUCUUGGUUGAGAGGGUUGACGAACAAGCUCCGGUGGAGGAACAUCCUCCAGCGAGCGGUUCUACUCAAGACGUUGACUGUGCACAAGACGAAAACAAAAAGGAACAUUCUCAAGAGAUGGACGACGGCAUGGAAGGAAUCGAUACACGCAACGAACCCGAAGAAAAUGGUGUUCGACUACAACUCCAGAUCGACAGCGAGCAGCAGGAACAGCAACAACAGACCUUUCCACAGCCGCAGCCUGAACACCCCCUCCAACCGACUACCACCACAACUGCGACCGCCAUAGGACAAUCGUUGCGCAACAUGCAGCCUUUGGCUCUGGCUCCGGUACCAGCAGCGCCGGGAAGUCUUGCCCACAAGGCAAGCAGAUCUCAGGAGUGGAAAGCUUGGAGGCACAACAGCGAACAAGAGCGGCAGGACGUGUGGCGGGAGAUUUUUGGACGACCCAAGACGCCACCGCCUGGGGUGUGA